CUUCACCACUUUUGGUUCUUCCGGUGUGUAGUACGGUAAUGGCGUCCGUUAGUAAGGAGACGAGUACACCCACUGAGGGGGCGCUGACGGGAACAACCGGGUCUUCGAAGAGAGAGGACAGACUACGGAAGUUCCGCGAGUUACAUUUUAAACGGAAUGAAGCACGCAAGCUCAAUCACCAGGAAGUUGUCGAGGAGGAUAAUAGGCUGAAGCUCCCCUCUAACUGGGAGGCUAAAAAAGCCAGACUGGAGUGGGAACUUCAUGAAGAUGGAAAGAAAAAGGAAUGUGCAGCCAGAGGGGAAGACUACCACCGAGUGAAACUUCUUGACAUCACGGCUGGUGAUGCAGAGCGGUGGGAGAGAAAGAAAAAGAAGAAUAAUCCUGACAUGGGAUUUGCAGGUUAUGCUGAGGCCCAAUUUCGGCAGUAUCAGAGGCUCACCAAGCAGAUCAAACCAGACAUGCAAAACUAUGAGAAGCAACGAGAGGAAUGUGGUGAGGACUUCCACCCCACGUCCAAUAGCUUGAUCCACGGCACCCAUGUUCCCUCUGAGGCGGGCAUUGACCGCAUGGUGGAAGAUGUCGAGAAACAGAUCGAAAAGCGUGCCAAGUACAGCCGACGAAGGGCCUACAACGACGACGCAGACAUCGACUAUAUCAACGAGAGGAACGCCAAGUUCAACCAGAAGGCCGAACGCUAUUACGGCAAAUACACAGCAGAGAUCAAGCAGAACCUGGAGAGAGGCACUGCUGUGUAAGUUGCCCUUCAAAGUCAUCAAAUGUUGAAACGUGUAUCCAGUAAAUGUCAUGUUUGGACAGUACAGUUUAAGACGACUGUAUUCUCACCCUUAUUUUUAAAUAAACCAUUCAGAGAACACAA